CGCGCAACUAAGUGACCUCGAGGUCAUCCAACAUGGCGGACCUUGCGGACGACGCCGUCCUUUUCCAGGCUUCUGACUUCGCUUCUCAGGGUUAUUCUCUGAUGCAGGACAUCAGGCGACAGGGCAAGCUGUGUGACGUAACCUUGAAGGUUGGUGACCACAAGUUUACGGCACAUCGUAUCGUCCUGGCCGCCACCAUACCGUACUUCCACGCCAUGUUCACACACGACAUGGUGGAGUGUAAACAAGACGAGAUCAGCAUUCAAGGAAUCGAACCCAGUGCCCUGGAAGCAAUGGUCAACUAUGCGUACUGCGGCCAGGUGCAGAUGGACGUCACCAAUGUCCAGUCUCUCCUGGUGGCUGCAAGCUUCCUCCAGCUGCAUCCUGUCAAGGAGGCCUGCUGCAGUUUCCUGGAGGACAGGUUGCAUCCUAACAACUGUCUGGGUGUGAAGAGAUUCUCAGAGACGUACAUGUGUCACAAUCUUGCCGAGGCAUCCAACAGGUAUAUCCAGCACAACUUCAUCGAGGUGUACAAGUCUGAGGAGUUCCUGUCUCUACAGAAGGCUGAAGUACUGCAGCUGCUCUCCAGGGAUGAACUCAAUGUGAAACACGAGGAAGAGGUGUAUGAAGCGGCUAUCCAGUGGAUCCGCCAUGAUGAGGAGAGGAGAAAAGAAGACCUGGUGGAUCUCAUGUCCAAGGUUCGCCUGCCUCUGCUCAAGCCACAGUUCAUCAUCGAGAGAGUCAUGACAGAGGAACUGGUACGCAGCUCACACCAGUGCAGGGAUCUUGUGGAUGAAGCCAAGGACUACUACCUCAUGCCCCAGCGCAGGUCCCAGCUCAGUAGUCGACUCCGUCCCCGCUGUUGUACUGACAUUCCAGGUCGGAUCUACGCUGUGGGGGGACUGACACAAGCAGGAGAAUCCUUGAGCACAGUGGAGGUGUUUGACCCAAUCCUGCAACAGUGGGACCUGGCUCCACCAAUGGCAUCACUCCGUAGCAGAGUGGGCGUCGCCGUGCUCGCGGGAAAGUUGUACGCUAUCGGUGGAUACGAUGGCGAAGUGCGUCUCAGUACCGUGGAGGAAUUUGAUGCAGAAACAGGAAAGUGGAGUUUAACAACAGGAAUGAACAGCAAGAGGAGUGCUUUAGGAGCAGCGACUCUAGUAGGAAAACUCUACGUCUGUGGAGGGUACGAUGGGAUAUCGUCUCUAAGUAGCGUGGAGUGUUACGAUCCCGAUACCAGAAAAUGGAACCUGGUAACCCAGAUGAUCAGAUCUCGCAGUGCAGCGGGAAUCGCUGCGUUCGAGGGUCAACUGUAUGCUCUCGGGGGUCACGAUGGGCUCCAGAUAUUUCACUCUGUUGAGGUGUAUAACCCCCACACGUACCGGUGGAGUCUGAUAUCACCGAUGCUGACCAAGCGCUGCAGACUUGGUGUAGCGGGACUGGACGGGAAACUGUAUGCUUGCGGGGGAUACGAUGGCUCAGGUUUUCUGGACUCUGUUGAAAUGUACGACCCAGCCACAAACCUGUGGACGUUUGUCGCACCGAUGAACAACCGGCGCAGUCGAGUGGCCGUGGUCUCAACCUGCGGCCGCCUUUACGCCAUCGGGGGAUACGAUGGGAAAACGAACUUAAACACGGUUGAGGUGUACACUCCUGAGACAAAUACGUGGACUUAUGUGGCGCCAAUGUGUGCUCAUGAGGGAGGGGUGGGGGUGGGGGUCAUACCUUGGCUCACAACAUCAUGACCGAACCUUGCCUCAUCUGACAGUGCAUCAGGGUUGUAGCCAGCACCCGUCUUACUGUCCUUUGAUGGCAUAUUGCAGCUGGGGAUGGAAAAAAAAUUGCACAUUUUGUCCUCUGUGACAUAAAGAAGUUGAUAUGUGAAGAUAUAACAAAAUGUCUCCCUUGUGCAAUUUUUCACCAUUGAAAACAGAUGCCAUUGAAUAGCUUAGUCUACCAGCAAACUUUACACCUCAAAAUGCAGGAAAUAGUAUUUCAAAAGGUCUCGAUUCAGUAAUCAAAUCAACAUGGCCUAAGCUAUUGAAAGCUGCAUUGAUAUUGUGUUAUUUCUAGACAGAAAAUGAUGGAGCCACAGAGGACAAGAGAUAUGAAAUUGGUGUAGCAUGACACAAGUAUUAUUGUGACUAUCAUAACUUUUGUGUAUAUAUGGCUUUUGGAGAAUCAUAAUUAUAUGUACAUUUUUUCCUCUGUGCAAUUAUACCUGUCCAUAUCUUUUAAGGACCAAAGUUUUUGAAUGACUGGUGGGAAAGAGUUAUCAUAUUAACAGACUUUUGGAUCACUACAUUGGUUUUCUCGGCCCUACUUUUUUUGUGCCAUCAAUCAUUGUAAUAGACACAUGCCAACUUUCUUGACCAAGUUGCAACAUAUUUCUUUGAUUAGAUAUGCAAAUUAUGAAUGUCAAAUUUAUAAAAUGGACAUAAAAUCUGUCCAUGAUUCGCAACAAGAUUUCAGUAAAUUUAUCAAAAAUCUUAUUAAAAGUUAGUAAUCGGUAGCUCUCCACUCUAUAUCGUUAUGAAGAAUGGAGUGAUUGUAUAUAUCGUACGUUACAUUACGUGGACGUAGUCUGUAUAGACAGUAGUACAUUUUGUGAAAUGUGUGGAAUAAAAAGUGAUUUUUAAUGAUGCCAAGAAAACUCUGGGAUCCU